AGCUGGGGCUGGUGCGGCCCCAUGUCGGCUCCCUUCUCCGGUCCUUGUCUUUCUCCCUGUUUCUACCUUGAGACCCUGUCUUUUCUCUUUCCUCCUUUGUCUUUCCCACUCUGGUGCUUUUACCUUCUCACUCCCUCUCUGAUUUUGUCACCCUUGUCUUCACUCUGGUCCUCCUCACUUACUUCAUUAAUUCAUUUACUCCUUCAGCUGGCUUUUCCUGAGCUCCUCCUUUAUCCUUGGUCUCACUGGGGAUGCUGAUGAGAGGCUGCCCCAGGCCCUGGCCACUGGGGGGCUGCAAGUCCAGUGGGGGAAGCAAGACAGCAGGCAGAGCCCAGGAUGGUGGGGAGAAAGACUGACUCUGUCGGAUGGGGUGGAGGGGAGCUUUCUGGGGGAAGGCUGUUCAGGGGCUUCUUGAGGGCCAAGGAAAGAUCAUCCAGACAGAGAGACGCAAAGGGGGAGGUGUGGAAAGGCUCAAAGUUUUCAGGGGAUGGAGAAGGAGGUGGGAGCAACAGCCCCAAUGGUCACAGUGACUCCCUCCUGAGGCCAGUGGGAAGCUAGGAGAAGGUUGUGAGCUGGGGAGGGUCAACGCCAGUUCCAGGUGCCAAGAUUCCUCUGGGGCAUGGAGGGAGGCCCAAAGGGAGAGAGGAGCUUGGCAUCCAAUGGGUGCGACUGGGACCAGGGCGUGAGAUGGGAAAGAUGGAAGGAGCCAGAUGCAGGGGGGCAGAAGGAACCAGACACAGGGAUUCGGGGGCUUCGUGGAUUGAUGGGUCAGAGGGGGCAAGGACAGUGCCAAGGGAUCUGGCACAGUCAACUGGGUGGGAUGGCGGAGUCAGCCCCGGUUUGGUGGAAGAUGCUGAGCUCAGUUGGGAUGUGGUUGUCGGGGGUCUGGGACAGAGACUCGGUGAGGUUGCUCCUCUGGUGAGAAGGGGCAGGAUGGAGGCUCCAGACCAACAGGCACGAAGUGGAGGGAGGAGGAGCAGGAGCUUGUAUGGGAACCUAAGAGGGCACAGUCACAGAGACAGGGACCUGCAGAGCUUAUGGAAUCAAGGGAAGAGUUUUCACAAGGCUAUGGUCUGUUAUGCCAUGGCCUUUUGGCUCUCCCCAGACCUGUUAUCUGACUCUGAGCGGUCUCUCUGCUAGUAGAGUUGCUUAGGGUGUGUGUGUGUGUGUGUGUGUUGGGGGAGGUUUAUCUCUUUAAAUGACUGAUGGGAGAGGGGAUUUUAGAACUCCUCCUGUGUCACAGAGAUGUGGUCUCCCUUCCCCCACCCUCUGGACUCUGUGUCUAAGAAGCCCUGGGAGCUGAGUGUGAGUCACUUAGGUGGGUGUGUGCAGGGCGGGGGUGGGGGGUGGGGAGGAGGGCACUGGACAGACUAUAGGGACAUUCCUGGGGGCAUGGAGAUCUUCCAAAGACAGGGAGGUCUCUAAGCACUGAUUCCUUGGGGGUAAGGUCUCAAGGCCCCCAGUAGGAGCAGUAGGCCAUGAAGGUCUCUGGAAGGGCCUGAAGGAGGCAGCAGUGCUGGGGUGCAAUCACACAUGGAGGGACAUGUGGGAGGGUGUCUCAAGGACUUGAAGGACCCGGGAGAGGGGUCUGGGGACGAGAAGAGUAUCAGCCAAUCUUGCGUGUGUGGCCCUCCGCAGCAGCCGCGCUGGCAUGGGCGUGAAGCGGAGCCUCCAGAGCGGGGGCACCUUGCUAGGCUUCUUGGCCAAAAUCCUCACGAUUUUCUCCACUACCACCAACUACUGGAUCCGCUACCCCGGGGGCCAUAGUGGCUUGUGGCAGGAGUGUAAUGGUGGCACCUGCUCUAACAUCCCCUGCCAGACCAUGCUGGCGGUGACAGGGGCGUGCAUGGUGCGCGGCAUCGGGUGUUUGGUGAUGGGGCUGAGGAUCCUAUGCCACGAGGGCGACUCACGGGGCCAGACUACGAGCGGCAUCUUCUUCCUCUACGGCCUGCUGCUGCUGAUUGCCUUGACAGGCUAUACAGUGAAGAACGCGCGGAAGAACGAUGUCUUCUUCUCGUGGUCCUGUUUUUCGGGGUGGCUGGCUUUACCCUUCUCUAUUCUCGCUGGCUUCUGCUUUCUGCUGGCGGACAGGGUCUUGCAGAGCACGGAUGCCCUCAGUGGAUUCCCCGUGUGCUUGUGACCGCGGCCUGCCUGGGGCAGAAUAAAGGAACGGCUUUCACCGCC